CGCAUGCGUAGAACGCUCGGCGGGCGCUGCGUUGUCGCCGCCGCCAUGGCGCUGGUGUCGGCGGACUCGCGCAUCGCCGAGCUGCUGGCCGAGCUGCAGCGGCUGCUGGGGCACACGCAGGAGGAGCGCUCCCGCAGCGAGCACAACCUCAUCAACAUCCAGAAGACGCACGAGAGGAUGCAGACCGAGAACAAGAUCUCUCCGUACUACCGCACGAAGCUGCGCGGGCUGUACACCACCGCCAAGGCGGAUGCUGAGGCCGAGUGCAACAUCCUUCGCAAGGCGCUGGACAAGAUUGCCGAGAUCAAGUCUCUGCUGGAGGAGCGCCGCAUCGCCGCCAAGAUUGCAGGGAUCUACAGUGACGCAGAGCCACCGCGCAAGACGAUGCGCCGGGGCGUGCUGAUGACACUGCUGCAGCAGUCGGCCAUGACGCUGCCGCUCUGGAUUGGCAAGCCAGGCGACAAGCCGCCCCCGCUGUGCGGCGCCAUGCCGGCAGCUGGGGACUACGUGGCCAAGCCUGGGGACAAAGUGGCGGCACGCGUCAAGGCGGUGGAUGGCGACGAGCAGUGGAUCCUGGCUGAGGUGGUCAGCUACAGCCAUGCUGCCAACAAGUAUGAGGUGGACGACAUCGAUGAGGAGGGCAAAGAGAGGCACACGCUCAGCCGGCGCCGUGUGAUCCCUCUGCCGCAGUGGAAGGCAAACCCUGAGACCGACCCUGAAGCGCUGUUCCAGCGUGAGCAGCUGGUGCUGGCACUGUACCCGCAGACCACCUGCUUCUACCGCGCCCUCAUCCAUGCACCACCGCAGCGGGUACAGCCCCACUUUGCCCUGGAUAUCGGCCCCGCCCUGUCCCCAGUGCUCACUCAUUACUACUGCUGUUUUUCACCCCACACAUGCAGCCACAGGACGACUACUCAGUGCUGUUCGAGGACACGUCGUAUGCUGACGGUUACUCACCGCCGCUGAACGUGGCGCAGCGCUAUGUUGUCGCCUGCAAGGAGACCAAGAAGAAGUGACCCUCGCAGUUGGGGUAUUUUGGGCCAUUCUGGGGAUUUUUCGCGGUCUGUGGGUCUGUGAGGGUUACGCAGAGUCCAGAUGCUAUGGGUUGUGCUGUCUUGGGGAUGAAUUUGGGGCACUUUGGGUAUUUGCUGUCAUGGGUGAGGGGCUGUAGGGACCCCAUAGUGGCACCAUGAGGGCCAUAAAAUCACAACAUUCCACCCCAAAACACACCCCAUACUGCUGUAAAGGACCCUGAACUCACCACAUUGCGCCCCACAGCAAUCCACAGGGAAUCCAGACUCACUGCAUAGGGCCCUAAAGUGUCCCCCAUGACCCCAAACUCAUCCUUAUGGGCCCCACAGUGAACCAUAGGUAUCCCAGGGACACCAGACCCACCCCAUAGGGCCUCAGAGUGACCUACAGACACCUAGUGUCCAUCAGGGACCCCAGACCCACCGCUAAGGACCACAGAGUGACCCACAUGACCCCCAGACACACUCCACAUGCGUCCAGAGCAUCCCUCAAGGAUCCCACAUGCCCUGCAGGACUUGGAAGCGUGCACUGGAAGAUUGCAAAGUCCCUCUAAUUGACCCCAAAAUGCUACGUGGGGACCACAUAGAGCUCAGGAUUACUUGACCGUGUGGGCCCCAAAGUGACCUUAACGACCUCAAAUCCAUCUGAACGACCCCCAUCCAUCCCCAGGAUCCCAUUCCCUUCCAGGAUCCAAAAGAAUGGUGCUGGGAGCAAUUCCAGCCAUUGCUUUAUUGGGAAUAAAUUAAGUUAGAAAGCAA